AGUUCUGUGUGCGAGACAGGCAGAGCGGCGUGCGCCUGGCGAGACAAAGGCGGCGGACCAGGGAACAGCCGGGAUAAAUAUCCAGAUACAAUUGUCGGGAGGUAUCUGCAUGGGAAUAUAAUGAUAGACUACGAAUCGAUGCAAAGAUUGACGGGCCGCUAAAUGACCUCGACAGUCGUCUGGAAUAGAAUUGUAUCAACAGCCUGUCCCUUCUCUUUCGUUUUUAAACAUUUUCUCCAACGCCCCCAAUUUAGCGAGCUAGCUACUAGCUAGCAUUAGAGCAUUGGUAGCCACUCAUCAUUCCCUCAAGAAUCAAAAGAGAGGAACUCCAUACAAUUGGGAGGUAGCCAAAAGAAAAGAGCGCUUUGCACACAGACGCCCCAAGAUCUGAUGCUCAUCCUCGUGGACUAUGCCUAGCCCCUUAUUCCACCCCGAGAUUAUGGACCACGACAUGGUAGUGAGCAGCCAGCACAACGGGGUCAGCCUGCCGCGAGAGACUGACCAGGAGUCCCGGGACGAGGAGCAUCAGGAUGCGCUCCGCUUCGCCCUGGACCAGCUGUCAUUUAUGGCCCUGGAGAAGGUGGACUGUGGUGGUGGGGGGCUCGUUGACACGCUCGACGGUAACCAGGGACCGUGCUCCGGGAAUUCCAACGGCGGUUAUGUCGACCUGCAGAUGCUGGAGCACCAAGGAGGCUCCCGGGACUCCCCGACAUCCUGCUCCCCGUCUCCAGAGUACUAUGGAUCGGGCGGGUACCACAUGACUGGCCCGCACUCUCACCCCAUGCUCGGUGAACAAAGCUCUGUUCUCUGCAAUCGCAAGAGGAGUGUCAACAUGACCGAAUGCGUACCUGUGCCCAGCUCAGAACACGUUGCUGAAAUAGUGGGAAGACAGGGCUGUAAGAUCAAGGCACUGCGUGCGAAGACCAACACCUACAUAAAGACCCCAGUGAGAGGCGAGGAGCCCGUGUUCAUAGUUACAGGGCGCAGGGAGGACGUGGAGAUGGCCAAGCGGGAGAUCGUCUCUGCGGCCGAGCACUUCUCCAUGAUCCGGGCAUCCCGCUGCAAGGCUGGGGCCACGGGCACAGGAGCACCCGGGACAGGGGGAGCGCUCCCUGGACCCCCCCACCUGCCUGGACAGACCACUAUACAGGUGCGGGUACCGUAUCGUGUGGUGGGGUUAGUGGUGGGGCCCAAGGGGGCGACCAUCAAGCGCAUCCAGCAGCAGACGCACACCUACAUCGUGACGCCCAGCAGGGAGAAGGACCCCGUGUUUGAGGUGACAGGCAUGCCUGAGAAUGUGGACCGAGCCCGGGAGGAGAUUGAGACGCACAUCACCCUGCGGACCGGGGCCUUUGUGGACCUCCAGGGAGACAACGACUUCCACACUAACGGGACUGACGUCAGCCUAGAGGGCCUGGGCUCGCUGGCUGGGGGGCUGGGCGCUGCUCUCUGGGCCCGGGCCAACAACCCCCACCCUGCCCCUCCACCCCCGCCGCCGCCUCCACCACCCCCGCUCCCCAUGGCCAUGCACCAAUCUUCUGGGAGGAAGCUGUCCUCCUCGGCCUCCUACCACCAACACAACGGAGGGAUGGGCUCUGAGUGCUACAGCGCCCCCAGGAGGGCCACCGAGGGAGGUAGCCCCAMCAGCCCAUUCAGCACUAGCUCCAGCAAUGCUGGCGGAGGAGGGGGGUUCACCUUCGGUGGUGACUCCACCCCAGGCCUCCCCUCUGAGGAGCUGGGCUUUGAGUUCAGCGCCUCCAACAUCUGGGCCCCUUUCGUCAACGGRGGAGGAGGGAAGAUCCCAGGCACCUCUCAGAAGCAGCCUCUCCGCAGAAACAGCAGCGGCCUGAGCGGCGGUGCCGUCACCCCCCGGCUGUCCCCCACCCUGCCCCCCGACGCAGUGGUGGGACCCCUGGAUCAUCAACUGGCCCGUCGGGCCCAGAGUGACCCACUCAGCACCCUCUCCUGGCUGCAGUCGGGCGGUGCCGGUGCAGGGUCCUUCUCUGGAGCGUCUAGCUCCAGCUCCGGAGGGUCAUCCACCGGUUACUCCUCCUGCUCAGCUUCCUCCCUGCCCGGAGGCUCUCCCACCGAUUCAGAGGGCGGGGGUAGCUGCGUUGGCCUGGGCUCUGGCAUGCUGGGCCGGCUGAAGGCCGCGGCUGGUGCUGGAGGUCUGGUUGGCAUGGGGCCAGGGGGCGUGAGCAGGGACUGCUUUGUGUGCUUUGAGAGCGAGGUGACAGCGGCUCUGGUGCCAUGCGGACACAAUCUGUUCUGCAUGGACUGCGCCGGACAGAUCUGCCAGUCCGCUGAGCCUGAGUGCCCUGUCUGCCAUACCACUGCCACACAGUGCAUCCGUAUCUUCUCCUAAUAGCCCCCCUCCCUCACCCACCCGAAGACGAGGGAUGGUAUGGGGACUGAGGAGGGGGCGAGAGGGGUAGGGGUGUCAUCUUAAAAAAACUGUACUUUACGGUCUUACUAUCCGAGAGAACUGCAGUGGACCAUCAACUGUGGCGGGACGGGCGGACACCAACGACCUUCUCUGCACAUAUGAUGGACCACAAUGAUUACAAUAUUAGAAAUAUGACACUAUACGGAUGUUGAUUUAAUGAUAACUAUGACAAUAAUAAUAAUGAAAAUAUUUCCAGACUGACUGAUUUUGAUUUGGUUCUGCGGACUGCAGAAACAGUAUGGUGGGAUCAAGAGGUUUCAUGGUGGACUUGUGUGGAAGGAAACCAGUGUCUUAUCUUCUGGCUUUCGUUCUGACCUGGGCCAGCCUUCAGGCCUGAACUAGCUCUGAACUAGGUUGCCAGGCUGUUUGAAUAGUUUCAUUCUCUCGCUUUUUUUCCUUCUUCAGAUAUCUCUGCCUGCUUCUCUCACAAGCCUUUUCCUUUGACACUUUUGUACUUAAUAGCAGAUAUUUUUCGACUGAGCUGCCUAGGCCUGCACUUUUCUACUCAGUUUCCUUUUCGAUGUUCUUUGACAGGAUGCAAAACGCAGUUUUUUGGUCUUCUGAGUUCGCUCCUGUUCUUUCUUUUCAGCUCUCUCUCGCCAUCUGUCCUCUCUCUGAUUCAGAGGGGUUGGGUUAAAUGCGGAAGACACAUUUCGGUACAACUGACUAGGUCUCUCUUGCUAGCUAGUAUAGUGACAUAAAGGAAAUGCUUUGGUAUGAGCCUGGAACUGACUUUAAAACAGGCACAGAGACACCUAUCAGACAAAAACAAGCCAGAAGGCCCUACUAGAUCUUAUGAAGACUGAAACACGUAAGGUAUUUAUACUGUUCAAAAACCAAUAUCCAAUGUUGUGGUUUUAAUGACUAGUAUAGGAAUAAUACAAUGGUAAUAAGUUAUUUAAGGAAUAUCAGAACUAAUGCCAGAGGUCAGUUACUCAGUACCCCUUGGUCCUUCUUUCUCUCAACCGCUCUCUCCCUCUCCACCCAAUCUCCUUCAAUAGAUCCAGUUUAGUUUUUGGCCCCAUUCUUCCACUCUCUCUCUUCCCCCUGUGGAGCUCAGUGUAGACACCGAGCCAUCCAUAGCCCAGUCCACUCAGAUCCUCUGUUACAGUUUGCUUUGGAGAGCUAAUGUAUUUUUUUUAAUGGGUCUUUGGCUUUUGACUGUAAAGUAUGUUGCCCCUGACUCCCUACUCUCUGAACUGCAUUGACGUCGAGUAGGAUAAGAUGGGUCUUGAUGUCACACACACACAGGAAUGUCUCGUCCAAUAGGGGUCUUGGUUAAGGGGAGGUGGCCCACCCCCAGUAUUGGGGGCAUUCGAAUGAGCUGUCUCUGUGCCCUGAGCGACACAUUGUAAUGUUAUUAGACCCCCCCCUCCCCCCUCGGGUUCCUCGAUUUGAGUGAUUUUUGGUCUUCCGCUCCCCCAGCAAAGCUCUUUAUCUCCUAGUCCAACCUGGAUCACCCCUCCCAAGUGACAUUGUCACCCUGGGAGAUCUAUUUUGUGUUUGUAUUUUCACAUCAACUGCCUGUCUGACUGUGUUUUUAAGUAUGACAUGGUUGGUUUUGGUGUGACGGUACAUGGUUGUUAUAUGCAGCCCUCUGAACGUACAUGCGGAUCUACUCCUAGAGCCAGACAAGCCAUGACAAACAGAAUCAAAACAAUGAAUGGGAGAGGAAAAAGGGCUUCCUUGCACACACACACACUACAUUUUCAGAUGUUAACCUUCUCAUCAGUGACAACAGCGAGAAUAAUCAACUUAUCCAAUAUGGCAGCUAGUAGCUAGUUCAUCCAGGGCUUCCAGACACUCUGUGUUCAAACCCCAACAGCUGCAGAAUGUGUUGCUUGUUCUUUUCUCUCUGGUCUACAUCUAUAGAACACUGGUCAACCCUGUCAGCACCAGUCCUUCUCAGUCAUGUCCAUCGCCUGUGAACAGAAGGCUCUGUUCCAAUACUUUUCAAAUGCAGCAUCCCUUUCUACCCUCACACCUUCAGGUACUAUCCACUGAUCUACCAUGUGUGGACAGGUGAAAGCAGGUUCUCUACUGGAUUUUUCUCAAUAAUGUCACUUCAGAUCAGUGACUACCUUCAGGGAGGGAGAAGGAAAGGAUGCAGGAGAUAGCCUAGCAGUGAGAGCGUUGGGCCAGUAACUGUAAGGUUGCUGGUUCGAAUACCCGAGCCAACAAGGUGGAAAAAARUCUCUGUGCAAGGCACUUAACCCUCAUGUGCUCCAUGGACAACAUACUACUAUGGCUGACCCUGUAAAACAACACAUUUCAUUGCACCUAUCUGGUGUGUGACAAUUAAACAGAGAAUUAUUAUWAUWAUUUUUUUAAGAGAAUGAACAGGCAAUUCACAGAGCUCAAGUAUAGUCUCUGCUUGAGGGUCAAGCCGGGCUACUUUUUAACAAACAACUUCUGUGUCUGAGAUGCCUGACUAAAUGAGCUUGAGCUUGUCAAGUGAAGGGGACAGCGGCUUGACGUCUUAGUCUGUAAUCUAGUAAUCGACCCUCCACAUUUAACUACACCGCAAUGCUCACUACUUGAAUGGCCCUUCAUGUCCACAGAUGUGGAGCUAGUAGCUGGCUGACUGAUGAGUCAUAUUUCACUGAAGACUAUAAUGGUGCUUUGGUGCAACUCACUACUGACAUAGAUAUUGUUUUCUACGGCAGCACCUCUCUCCCCCUCUUCUUUUAGGAGUCAACUGUAUAACUGGCAACCCUGACCCCGCUCUCUCUCUCCCCUCAACGUGGGAGGGAUCUGUGUAAACUGGCAACCCGUCCCUGCUGGGUCUGACUUUAAAUGUUUUUAGUAUAGUUUUUCUUUGCUCCUGCAGACUCAAGUUGGGUGCAGGGAAGGAUGUGACCAUGUCUUUUAAAGGAACAGAUAAACUAUGACUGUUGUGUCAAUCUUAAAGGCCCUUUUCCAGAACUGCCCAUGACUUCUCAGUCACUAAAAUGUCCAGAGUUGGAUUUGCCAGGUGGUUCUGGUCUGGUUGUUUCACCAGGUCAUGUACAGUAGCAUGAACAGUUAAAGGGUACAGAAUAUUCUCAUAUUGACUGCCGAUUAUUUUAGCUGAAUUUAACCCCUGACCCCCACCCCAUUAAGGUUUGAAAACAGGGUUUAUAGAGGCUCCUUAAGGAGUGACGUCUGACCUUUUUGUGACACAGGGGGAGCCACGCCCAUCCGGGAACUUCGCCUUCCUAUUUUGCUUUAAUCCUUUAACACAGAACCAAAAUGUUAUGUUAGCAAACAAGGUUUCAGGCCUGACUUGUGUAUAUACCCUGAGUACAAUCAAUGGGAUCUCAUUUUCAAAAAGUUACCAGACUUAAGUAAGGAAGUUGUAGUUUUUAAAAACAUGUAACAUUAUUUGUAGGUUAACCAUGUGCAUGUCUUCAAGCCAUCAGGCAUUAGCAAAUAAUUUUUCAGAGGAAAAUAAAAACUUUUUACACUUUAUUUUUACAAUUUAUUUGCUUACCUAAAUAUCCCAGACAAUAAUGUGACCCUUUUUAUUACUUCAAAAUAUUUUAUUUUCAAUAUUUUUUUAUUUUAUUUCCUGUGUACAACAUGUAGGCAAUUUAUAACAAAAUUAGAAAAAAAUUAUUGAAGAAAUUUUAAAAUUGAAAUAUAUUUUAUUUGAAAGUUUAUGGACCUUUUAACCGUGAGCCGGAACAAUAUAUGCAUAUAAUUUGAGCUGUCUUGACGGUUGAGAAAUGUAUCAAGAGUUUUAUUUUUUAUGCUUCUUUAAUAAAAUCUUGUUUUUGGUUUCAUUUUUUUACUGUAAAACAAUAA